GCAAGCUCACUGCGAAAUGAUGCGUUGCUUGAUGAGAUCCACCUUCGUGGCUCGGUAUUUCUCGUUGCAAGCGUACAGAAGCUGUUUCUAUCGCUCAACGACGAAUCUGGCGGACACGUUGACAGCUGACGAGGCAAGGAAAUGCUCGCCGCUCAACACGAACAACAUAAUAUCCACAUCCAUGUCGCAACCACAUGCGGUUCCGGCAGUGAACGCGACUGCGACCUCUUCGACGGCGGCGCCAUUGUUGGAAGCAAGCCCUGAGAUCGCCGCUGAGGACUUCGACAUUCCUGCGACCAAAGUGAUAUCGCGUGCAGAUAAAUCGCCAUUACCGUUCGAGGAGAUUCCUGGACCGGCGAUAUUGAAACUCUGGGAGAAAUACUGGCGAUACGUGCCGCUGCUGGGUACGCAACUGUUUUGCAGUCUGCUAAUCAACAAAUUCACCCAGGGACGAUUAUCCUGGAAUCGUAAUAUCACGCCGAUCAAGUACCUGUUUGACGAGUAUGGAUGCGUCGUGCGAAUCAACGGGCCAUUUGUUAGUGAUAUCGUCAUGAUUCACAGGCCUGAGCAUAUAGCGGAAGUUCUCGAGCAGGAGAGUGAGUCGCCUGUCCGCAGCGGCAUCGACAUUCUUCAACAUUACCAUCUUCAUCAUCGCAAAUAUCGCUCUGCCGGAGCGUUCUCGCUGCAAAGUUCCGAAUGGUUGGAAGUAAAAAGGAAAAUUGAUCAGCCGUUCAACGACGCUGUCUGGAAUUAUUUUGAGAAACUGGAUGAGGUGUCCGGAGAAUUCACUAACAGGAUUCGUGAAAUAUGCAAUCGACAAGACGAGGUGCCGGCGACUUUUCACCGGGAUCUCACCGCCUGGGGUAUAGAAUGUUUCUACGUAACAAUGUUCAACAAACACCUUGGCUUCCUCGAUCCCACCUCGAGGUCGGUGGACGAGACCACGAAGGUCAUUAAUGCACUGAUCACCGCUCACACGUACAUGAGCCGCUGCGAGACCGGGUUUCAGGUAUGGAGAUUCUUCGAGACUCCGUUUACCAAGAGGCUCUUCUCAACGUGUGACAUCCUUAACGAAAUCAUCGGAAAGUACAUUCGCCGAGCGCAGAACAAAUUGCAGGCUCUAUCGCUGCCAGAGCAGAAAAGAUCCGCGAAAGAAGAGGAAGGUGCUCCGCUCCUCGAGAAGAUGCUGAUACAGCGUAUCCACGUGGACGACAUCUCCACCCUCUUGAUGGACAUGAUGAUCUUGGGCGUUCAGGCUGUCGUCAAUUGCGAGGCGUUCCUGAUUUACUUCCUAGCGAAGAAUCCCAGGGCGCAGAAGCAGCUAUACGACGAGAUAAUCUCCGUUUCACCUAGGGCAAGCAUCUUGACGAGGGAAAGUCUGAAGAAUAUGCCAUAUUUAAAAGCAUGCGUGAAAGAAAGUCUCAGACUGCGACCUGCAUUUCCCUACUUGACGAGAUUAUUGUCGUCGCCGAUCACGUUACAUGGAUACACAAUACCGAAGGGGACUUUCGUUAUAAUGGCGAAUCAGAUAACGUCGCAGCGCGAGCAGCUCUUCGAAGAUCCCGAGAAGUACCGGCCGGAGAGAUGGUUGAAUCAGGACGAGCACGCGCACAACUUCUAUCAGGAGUACUCGUGUCUACCAUUUGGAUACGGCGCGCGAUCCUGCCUGGGUAGAAACAUGGCUGAGACGCAAAUGACGUUGCUUAUCGCGAAGUUGGUGCGAGAAUUCGCGAUAGAGUACGAUUACGCCGAUAUCCAAAGUCGAUUUCUCAUGGUGAACGUGCCGAAUCGGCCAUUACGCUUCCGAUUCGUAGACAGGAAAUAAGUUGAGCAAGAGUCAUACUGGAACUCUCAAGACAAUUGGAAAUAUUCAGAAAGAGAGCGAAAUAAUGAAUCGACUUUCAUACAGUACUUUCAUGCAGAUUACAUUACACAGGAUUAUGCUGCUGUAAACAAGUUUGUGGUAAACGAGGUGAAUACGAAUACAUCAAUCGCGUACACCGCGUUUUACCUUACACCUUACGUAUCGUUUUAUCGGCAAAAUAAUUUUAGAGUUACUUCGAAGCGUGUAUUUUACGUUUGUAUUCGAUACGAAUCAAUUUUUUGCUAACACGUAAGAAUCGCAAGGCAACUUUGUAUCGAUUGUCGUUGCGAGCUGUACGUCAAAAUAAAUGUCUUUUUUGUAGUUUACACUGAUGUCAUGUAAUCUUGUUGAUUUCAAGUACAAAAUACACAAAAGUAUCCUUGGGACACAUUUAUUAACAAGUUACAGUUCUUUCGUGACCACACACUACACACACACACAGCUCUAUAUACAAUUAUUUCGUGAAAAUGCAACUAGUGAAUUCUUACCUUAAGCGUAACUCGUUACUUUUCUCAUUCGUUAUCCAUUAUGAUACGUAUGAGUGUCAUGUACGAGAAAACAGUCGAAAUGUACUGAAAGACAAUGAACAUCAUGUUAUUCGCGAUUCGCCAAAUCAUCACCUGAAUUAAUCCACUGACAUUGCUGGAAUCGUACCGACGUGUAAUAGUUCAUCGACAAGGUCGGCAACGCGCACGGGAUCGAGAUAGUGACUGGACGUUGGCUCCUCAAUAUGACGUAAAUCAGGAUCUUCUGCGCGAUCAGGUCAUCGUUGUACCACGGCGAACUGUAAGCGGCCAACGCGACGUCGCCGCUCUAACGAGAACAUUCAAGGAGCGAACGUCGAUUAGAACAUCGUCACCUCUACCUUACAACGUGCAGCAACACGUCGUAGAUCUUGCAACAAUCUCGUAUUAUUCGAGCGACUAACCGUGUUGAUGACGUUAUCCGCUGGCCAAGCGUACAUGUAGAGCUCCAUGAAACCGCACAUGGCCAUCAUGAGAAACUGAGCCUUUACCGACCACGAGUAACGCUACUCACGCGCAAAUAUCGAGAAAACAACGUAUGUAAAUAUUAAUGCAUCAAUAAAAGAAAACAAAUGUUUCGGUAAGUUUUACGGUGUAGAAUAAAUCGCUCGCUAGUGAGUGAACCAAACGCGAGA